GCCGCCGCCGCCGCCGCCGCCGCACCACAACACGUUGCCGCCGGUUUACUGCCACACGCGUAUCCGCCGCCGUGAUGAAUGAUAACGAUAUGAAUAAUAAUAUUAAGUGAUAAUAUAAUCGCAUCAUAGUACGCAAACACGUGGGCGAUCGUCGACCACCCAGCCCGGAGACUCGCACGCGUUUGUCGAGUUCCUGUUUACCGUUUCGAUACGUCUAUUCGUCGACCGAAGGACAUCAGAUUGACAUUUCCACAAACCGGGAAUUGAUUGUUUUCAAAGGGGAACUAAUUCGUCGCACGGGAAUGGCGUUUGAAACGAAAGGCGAGGGCUGCAGUAAAAACAAACGUUGAAAUAAAAAUUGUCAUCGAGAAUUUCAAUCAAAGAUGUUUUACAGAUAUUUGGUUAUCGUUGCGUUGAUUUUUCUGUAUGGCAAUCUAGACGUAAACUGUCAAAUGCACGAACCAGACGAAAUAAUGCCUGAAUUUUAUGCGCCACUGGAAAAUUGGACGGUGACCCAAGGCCGAGACAUAUACUUUACGUGCACGGUGAACAAUUUGGGAAAGUACAAGGUGGCUUGGAUAAAAUCGGAUUCUAAAGCAAUUUUAGCCAUACACACGAACUUGAUUGCUCACAAUCACAGGCUGACCGUCACCCACAAUGGACACAAUACUUGGAAAUUGCAUGUGUUCAAUGUUCAAAAAAACGAUACUGGAAGUUACAUGUGCCAAAUAAAUACGCAACCAAUGAUACUACAGACCGGAUACUUGGAUGUGCGGAUCCCACCGAACAUAUUGGACGAGGCAGACAUCGAGGGCCCGGGCAGCGCGGCCAUGGAAGGUGGAACUAUACGGUUGCGGUGCCGGUCCACUGGUAAACCGGAACCAAAAGUUCAUUGGAAGCGCAAGGACAACCGUCACAUUGUCAUCCGGUCAGACGGGGCUAGAGAAAAACAAGAGUCAGCCACUGUUAAGGGUGACACGCUGGAGCUUAGCAACGUGCACAGGACCGACAUGGGCAAGUACCUGUGCAUAGCCAAGAACAACGUACCGCCAACGGUCAGCAAGGAAUUCAACGUUCAGAUACACUUUCAUCCGAUGAUCAAGGUGACCAAUCAACUAGUGGCCGCGCCGACCGGGAGCAACGUGCACAUUCAGUGUUAUGUGGAAACCUCGCCGAAAGCAAUGCACAGCUGGGCAAAAAUAGACGGAGGCGAUCUCAUGCCCAACACCAAGUAUAAAAUGUCGGAGACUCCAAUAAACGAAUAUUCAUUGCAAAUGGACCUAACCAUAACGAGUCUUGAACCCAAGGACUUUGGUGGCUAUUUGUGUAUAGCCAAAAACGCUUUGGGUAAAGCCGAAGGAUCCAUAAGACUUCAAGAACUUCAUUUGCCAAGCGCUCCAACCACUUCGGAAGCACCUCCACCGGAACCAGAAGAAGAGGGUGACGGAGAGUCGGGUGGUGCAGACGAGGAAAAUUUGGUGCCUGUAGAGGGCGAACCGACAGCUGACGGUGACGACCAAUCGUUGGAUGACCAACAACGACAACAGGAACAACAGAGGCAUCCAUCAGAAUCCACAAAAAAACCUCCACAGACUGCUCAUGGAGGUGAAAGUGGUAAUGGAGGUAGUGGAGGUGGCGGCGUCCGGCAUCAUGACAACAAACAAAGGCACGGAUCCGGCAAGGGUUCCGGUUCAGAAUGUCCGGCACGUUGGUUGCUAGUGCUGGCCGCCGUCGUCGUGGUCACGCUGUUCCGGUCACCGGUCGUAUCUCGGUGGUGACGACUCCACUAAUGAGGAUACAACUGUUGUACGACGCUUAUCCGGUUGGUGUCCUCGACACUCAACUAUUCCUGAUCUAAGACAAUAAUCGAUUAAUUAUUUUAAACAAUAUUUUUUUAUUUUUCGCCCGCGAAUUGUUUUAAACCAACGACGUUUUCCAAAAUAAAAACCCUUUCAUUAUAAUAUAUAUUAUUAUAUAUCUCCACACACACACUUACUUAAGGCUAGUAUACAAUGUACAAUGUACAUACAGGCAUACAGUCAACAAGCGCCAUUGCUGCAGCGUAAAUAUAAACUAUAAUAUUUAUUAUUUAAUAUCGUUAUCAAGCCGGAUUAAGUGAUAGUCUGGAGAGAGGCACGCUUCCGCCACGGAUCUUAGAUCAUAUACAAGUCAGUAUAAUACUAUAAUUAUAAAAAUAUGAUCCAAGCCACGGACGUAAGAAACUAAUUUUGAAAUCAGCCUGAAACUGUUAUAUCAAAUGAUUGUUUAUUCUUUUCUAAUUUCUUAGUACAAAAACAAUAAUAUAAUUUGAUUGAUAUAUUAAAUUUAAACAAAAAUGUUUUUUUCAUUUUUGGGGUGCAUGUACUAUAUAAUUAUUAUAUAUGGCGAUAUUUACAUAAUAUUGUAUAUAAUUAAUAAACAAUUUAUACAUUUAUAUAAUGUAUUCGUUUGUUUAAAGUUGUUGUCUUUUGGUUUGUAUUCAGUGACCGUAAUAUUUGAUAAUUAUAAAGUUAUGUGAAGUAACUCCAAUUUUUAAAUCUUAUUGCUUGUGAUAGGACAGGAUUUUUAGAUAUAUUUUCAUCCAGUUAAAAUCAUAGCCGACUAUCGGCCUCUACAGGCCCUCUAUAAGACUUAAUCCGAGCUUGAUCAUUAUUAUACUUGUGUUGUAUUAUAUUGUAAUAUGUCGUACCUAUAGAAUACUCAGGACCAACUACAUUCAUGUUGUAUGGCCAUCAUAUUAUAAAUGUAUAUGGCUAGCUGGGAAAGCUGAACAUUUAAGCAACUUACUAUAUACGUACAAUGGGCACUUUCCAUUAUUAAGACGUUUAAAUAAUACAUUUUUAAAUUACAUGUAUUAAUUAAACGCUGCACUUAAGCCUAUUACAUAAAUAUUUAUACAUCAUUAUGAACCGUUUUAAUUGAUCCUACUCAGAACAUAAUACCCGUUACUGUAUCCGUUCAAAAGUUCAAGCAUUUUAUUUUUUUUAUAAAUAUACGAAAAUAUGUAGGUUACAUAUUAUUAUUACCUCUAAAUUAUUGUCCACACUGUUUGCAGUUUUUCAGGACGUUUUGCGAUGUAUCAUGUUACGCAAAUAUUUUUAAAUGUUCUUAUAAAAGACUGUCCGGCUUAGACACACUGUUAAUAUAAACGGUGAUCGUUUGGGCGAAGAUAAUAAUUUUAACCAAAAAAUUAAUAGUUUGUUUGGGUGACUAUCUAUUUAUACUAUUUGGGCAAGUGAAAUUAUUUUACCUGCGUGAGAUAAAAACCUGGUGACUUUGAUGCGAAUUUUUUUAAAUAUAGGGUUCAUUAUUAACUAUAUUUAAUAUGUUUAUCAUAUAUGAUUUUGUUUUAUUAAUUGCAAAAUGUUUAUUAAUGUUGACUGUAUAUUACAAUUUUACUAUACCAAUAUCUUUUCAAGUUAAGAGUAUGUAUUUUUGGCUUUAUUUUUCAACUGACAAUGUACAUUACUAUACAAUAUUUCAAUAUAUAAAUUAAUUUACCUAUGAACCUAUUCAUAGUUAUUCGCCCAAUCUGUAUUUUUUGUGAAAUAAACACUCGCCCAAUCGGUAUAUAACUGUUCGCCCAAACAGAUCACAUUUUGAGUAGAGAUUCUCUCCAAACAGUCUAUGCCCGUUAAUCUUCAAUCACUACUCUUUCCACGAAUGAUGCAUCCGAUGACUUGCGACCUUCCUUAAAACGCUUGAACUCUUAUCGAAGAAAGUUUAUCCGGAUAGGUUUAGCCGAUAGAACAAUCACGACCAUUUAAAUAUAACUUAAAUUUUACACGAGCUAAUGACCAAACAUAUAGAUAUUCAUUUCAUUUUAGUUACAAAUAAUAUCCCUACAGUUUCAAUGUAAUAAUACUUUCGUGUAAGAAGCGAAUAAAAUAAUAGAUUAUAGUUUAGUUGGAAAAAUACGGUAAACUGUAGUAACUAGUAAGAACAACCAUUGUAAUGCGUUUAAAAAAAUACAAAUUAUAAUAUUAAAUAAUUCGCUGAAAAAAAUAACUCGAUGCACUACAGCUGUAAUUAAUUUAUUUACAUGUAAUAAAUUAUAAUAUAGGUACAUGUGAGUGAAAUAUACUUAUAAUAUACGAAUUUUUUUUUUUCAAUUCCAAGUAUCGAAACGUGUUUAUAAAAAUAAAAAUAAUUUGUCAUAUUCAUGGCAGGUGCAUAAGUAUUUAUAAUAUUCACACGAGGAGAGCUUGUGAUGAAAUAUGUGCAUAUUAUUAAUUCUAUUACCUACAUACCUAUUUGUUUUUUUUAUUAUUUUCGUUGGUAUUUAGCAGUGUUUAACUUGGGGUUACAUGCAUAUUAAAAAAUAUCUCAACUUACGAACAAUUUUUCAAUAAAGCUAUUACAGGAAUACAUUCAAUAUUAACUAUUUUAAUAAAUCAAAAAAAACAGAAAUAACAUGUGAUGUAAAAUUACUGAUAGCCUUCGUAAAUAUAUUAUAGAAUUAUCUAUAAUAUAUGUAAUCAUUAACGUUUUAUUUGAAAAAUAAAACAUGGCAAAAAUAUGAUUUUCACAAUGUACAUUAAUUGUCUGUGUGGUCCGCAAAACUCAUUGACUUUUAAAUAUAAUACGUUAUGCCUUAUGCAAACUCCAAUAUCAUAGAGACAAAUGGUCAAUAAGUCAAAUUUCACUCACAAAAAACGCAUUGACCAAAAAUUUGUGCCCAACGCUCCAAAGUGAACAGACAGUAUAUCAGCUGCCCCGGAUACCCAUAUAAUACCUACAAACUUCACACAUACAAAAUAUAUAUAAUAGAAUAUACGUUAUACAAUAUAUGUAUGCUUAUACGUCAUAAUAUUAUACAUAAUACUAUAGGUAUACUGCGAGUAGAUGUAGUUGAAUUAUAACUUAAUUUUGAGUUCAUGAUAUUGUGAUAUUACAUUAAAACAGUUUGCUGGAUGCUAUUAAGAUGUAUGUAUUAUAAUUUAUAGGCACAUUAAUUACAACGCAUUAUACGAUUAUUAUUUCGUUAUUUCAUAAGAACGCCGAGUUUGAUUAUAGGAACGUCGUCAAUCCUUCGGAUGUGACAUACUAUAUUACUUUAUUUAGGUAUAAUAAUUAUUAUAUAAUUCGACCCUUCCGAAGAUGAGAUCGAUUAAAUAACUAAAGAAACAACGUGUUGUUUUCAAAAAUCUGAGUACACUGCACCAAAUAAUAUAACUAUACCUACAAUAAUCACAUUGGAUCGUCCGUCGCUCAACAAUUACACGUUAAAAAUUUACUAAAUAUGCAUUAUUACGAGUAUAUAUUAUAAGUACAGCGCUAACCGCUAUUCUGUAACUUCUUCACCCUUCUCCCACAACUAUAUGGGGUAGGCCACCCUUGUCCUACACCACCUUAGAGCUUUAUCACCUAUUCCUCCUUAAAUCACACUCAAAAUGUUCGCGUUAUUCUUUAUUAUGUUUAUCCACUACCUUUGAGUCAUCUCUCUCUGUUAACAAGACCGAACUAUCUCAACUUAUUCUCUCUCAUUUUGUAUACUUACUUGUAGUUAAUUAUUUAUAAUUAAUAUACUAUACAGAUACUUAUAUAAAUUAUGAUAAAGGAACACAAUAGCUAACAGGACAUACCUGAAUGGCUAUAGGUACAAUAAAUGAUAUUCUAAUAAUAUUUCAAUUACAAAAAAAUAUAGUUGCCGGUGGCCUAUUAUUCAUUAAUAUAUUUAUAUAUUAUUAUCUAUAUUUACAUAUUACAAAAAUGUAAGGUUUUCCCCUAACAUCCAUCCCACACCUCUAGAUUUUCAUAAAAUAUUAUUGAUAUCGACAUAUCGUAUUGUUAAUACCUACACGGAAUUGGUAUCUAUGAUAUCUAUCGACUAUCAUCAAUGGUCAAUCACCCUACAAAAAUCUCUCCACACACGUUUUUUUUAUUCCGAUUUUUAUAAACUUCACGCCCAGAAUAAUUAUUUUUAAAAAAUAACUAGGGUUCAUGGUGUAUUUUAUUCAAAAAAUAAUAAUAAUACGUGGGAUAGUGUGAAGGGGCCGUUAGGGGUAUCGCGCUGGAUGUCAAGUGGUUUACUGCCGUUAGGGUAUACUUUUAUAAGACAUAUUAAGUACUACCAUACUGCAGAUUAUCGGUUAAGCGAAAACAUGUUUGAGUCUAAGAGUAUUAUUAUAUUUCGGCAUAUUAUAAUAUUAUAAUACAGCUGCUGCAUGUGUAAAAUAAUAUAUUUGUAUUUGUAUUUGUAUA